CUGACGAACGACUGGAGCAGGAGAGGUAUGUGGGUACGUUUUCAUAAGGCUAGUUUACUGUGCCAGCUGAGCUUUGCGAGAAAGCAGGGAAGGAAAUUCUCCCAACCCCCCAUCUCUGUUACUGUGUAACUAACUAUUUCAAUGCCAGGCAUUGUGAAAUAACGUUGUGUUCAACUUCAUUCUCUUAAGUAGAUUCCUGCCCUUUUGUGGCCACUGUUAACCGGUAGAGGGUUGAAUGACAUUUCUAGAACCAAAGUGAGCUAUUGCAUAGCUACAAGGACUGCUGAGAGGGAAAAGAGAGUUUCCAAAGCUAAGGAUCUGAGGCACAGUUCACCAACACAUUUCACCAACCUAUCUGGUAAAGCAAAGUUACCAUUCUUGAUACUCUUCUUUCAAGACAAUGGGCUGGAAACUGAAAACAGUGCAAACUAUUCUCAGUAUUCUAGCCUUCUACAUUACAUUUGCAGUCGGGGAAGAUGAGGAGCCCAGAUCAGAAUGUGCUGACUUCAACAACAUGACCUGGCUGGAGUACCAUCAGCAGGGCAGCAAGCUACAGGUGCAGUACCUGCUCUUGACACGCAAGAAUACAGACUGUGCCAGCCUCUUCAGUCAGGACUUCCUCAGCAACAACACCUACUUCAACUCCUCCCAACCCACCAAGAUCAUUGUCCAUGGAUACAGGGCUCUGGGCAGUAAGCCAUCCUGGGUGAAGCAGCUGGCCCAGGCUCUGCUGCGGGUGCAGGAUGCCAACGUGGUGGUGGUGGACUGGGUCUAUGGGGCCUCACUCGCCUACCACAUGGUGGUGGAGAACUACAAGGAGGUGGCCAUCCAGAUCUCUGUCCUCAUCAACCAGCUCCAGAACCAUGGAUGCAAACUGGAGUCAUUUCACUUCAUUGGGGUUAGUCUUGGGGCACAUGUGUCUGGAUUCGUGGGGACCCUGUUCAAGGGCAAGAUAGGAAGAAUUACAGGUCUGGACCCGGCUGGACCCAUGUUUAAAAGAGCCGACACGUUUGGCCGUCUUGACCCCUCAGAUGCACUGUUUGUGGAGGCCAUCCAUACUGACUCCGACUAUUUCGGCAUCUCCAUCUCUGUCGGCCAUGCAGACUUCUUUAUAAAUGGCGGGAUGGACCAAGCAGGUUGCUCGCGCUCCAGGUCUACGUCAAUGUAUAGCUAUGUGAUAUGUGACCACAUGAGGGCGCUCCACGUCUACAUAAGCGCACUGAACGGGACCUGCCCACUGACUGGCAUCCCUUGUUCCAGCUAUGAGGACUUCCUCAAGGGGCGCUGUUUAGGCUGCCCAGGCAGAUGUCCACGAAUAGGGUUAUUGGAGAACAGUGGUUUAACAGUCUUUCCUCUUCCUCAACCAAAGAAGCUUUUCCUCCUGACAACCUCUGCACCUCCCUUCUGUGCCCAUCACAUCCUGGUGCAGCUGGAGGUGUUCCUCCUGGACAAGAGUGCUGAGGUGCAGGUGAUCCUGAGGACUGGGGGACAUCCUGAAACAGAGCAGAGACUCAGGCUACAGACAGACGGCACCAUGUACAGUAGGGUGAUAGCCCACCCAGUGCCACUGUGUGAGAUAGACUCCAUCCAGCUGAAGAACACUGGAGCGCACUUCUACAGGCAGGGAGACAUCCACGUUGUGUCUGUCUGCAUAUCAGAAUUCCCCUCUGUCGGAGAAGUGAAGCCAUUGUGUGUGAAGAAGAUAAACGUAAGGCGAGGAUCUCCAUGGAACCAUGAUUUCGUACAGCUGUGUGAGAAUUACUGAUGUAGUAAACACACACAGAUCCUAUGAACCAGCAUGUUUCUUUCUCUCUAGCAACCUCCCAAUAGUCUGAAACUGUCUGUGUCCUUUCCUCAUCUCCUUUCCUGUAUCAUCAAUGAUGUGGAAUGCUUUGAUAGGUCUAAGCAGUAAGGAGGAAGCCUAUCCUUAUAGUUAUCAUUGGGAAUGAAGGAAAGGAAAUUAGAAGAGUUUUACUGGGACUAGCUCACGCAGAAACACACACAUGCAGCUAAUAGCUCCCAUUGCAAACAGCUACACACAAACUUUGCCAUCCUAUAACCCUAGUCAUAUGUUACUGAUGGACCACCUACAGCCAAACAGAUUCCAGAACAGUUCCAAACUACUGCUUUACAUUUCUUUAGUAUAUUCUAACAGCAUUAGUAUUGAUGUACAUAAUCAUUCCGACGCAGCUGAAUGUUACUUUAUUCAGAGCUUCUGUUGAAGCAAAACAAUAAAAGGGUAACUCUGGAAUGUGUGACUUUUGUCUGUACUCAAGGGCUUAACUCUCUGAGUUCUGAUAAGCAGGGGUGAGCAACAUAUUCAGCAACAAAUGUGCAACAGUGAUAACUGAUUUUUGAGUGCCUCGUGAUGAUAAACUUGGAGACAAUAUUAUUUCUGACAGAGGAUGAAGGAGAGAGGAGACAGACAAAAAAAUGACAGGAAUGCAUUUUCACCAAGAGCUUUAUCAAGAAACAUUGGCCCCAUGAAAAUAUAUGUAUAUGUAGUCCCAUUUUUAUUUACAAAAACAUAACACUCUUGUUCUAUUUGAAUGACUAAAUAAAUGUACAAUGUGUGAGACAUCUCACAUUCACAUAAACAAAUGCCUGUUCCAUUUGGAAUCGUGUUUUGGAAAAUGUGAGUAUGAAGAUAAAUCCCUUUCUAGCA